UCAGGAAGUGAGGCCAAAGUGAUGCACAUGGAAGUCAGCGUUGUUUCAGGUGAAAGCAUACUGGCAGUCAAGCAGAGCGAACUGCAAGAGGUGCUCCGAUUGAUCAACUCUGGCCCUCAGUCCACGUGUAUCUGUGAUGGCCUCGCAAGGAAAGUCGAAGAGUUGGAGGACGUGUCCCGGUUAACUCUUUCCACUCCAUUGAGAAAUGUAGAAGAUGCUACAUGUACUUUGUCUACGAAUCGUUUUAUAGAUGUCCAGGAGAUGACUGAAGGCGACAGAAGUUAUCUGAUGCUAUCGCCUACUCAACUUGGUAGAGCGGCGCUGGUAUCUUCGCUACCUCCAGAUGCAGCGUUGUUUGUAUUCAGUGAUCUUCAACAAGCCACCAAAGCAAUAGCUCUUGACAGUGAACUUCAUAUGCUGUACCUGGUGACUCCAACGAAUUGCUCUGUAUGGCAAGGAUGUGAUUGGAACCAUUUACACAGUAUCUUCUCGAAACUAACUGCUGGAGAAAAGAGAGUGGCUAAGUUGGACGAGUUCAUAUAG